GUUGGAGCGCACGCGCUUUUCCUGCGCGCUCCGCGUUUGUAGCGGCGCGGCGACCCCAGCGAGUCCCUUCGGCUGUGUCCCGCGGCAUGGCCGGGCCGCGACUGCUGCCGCCGGGGCUCCCGCUGCUGCUACUGCUGCUGCUGCCGCUUCUGCCGCUUCUGCGGCUCUCGCCAGGCGAGGCCGACCCGUCCCGCUGCCGCCCGGACGAAUUCCAGUGCGCGCCCGGCGCCCUCUGCUUCCCUCAGGACUGGCGCUGCGACGGCCACCCCGACUGUGAGGACGACGAGGACGAGCGGGGCUGCGAGACCGCGACCGCGGCGGAGCCGAGUCCCGGCGGCCCCGCGGUGACUCCGCUGAGGAGCUCGGCGGUGCCGCCCGCCGUCAGCACAGAGCCUGCAGCUACCCCUGAGCCUGAGGUCUCUGUGCCAUCAAGUAGUCAAGGUUACACAUGGAUCUUGAUUGUUGCAGGGCUCCUGAUCAUCCUGGUAGCUGCAGGUUCUGUUGCUGUGUGGGGUCUGUCCAAAGCAAAACGCAGAUCUGACACCUUCAGUCUUGAAAAAGCAUCCAGAGAACAGUUGAUGCCUGACAAGAGCCAGAAAGGCUCCUUGCCCUGAAGGGGAUCCUUAUCCCGAGGUGAUAAGGUGGGACUAGCCUGAUCUGUCUCCUGCUCACCACAGAGCCUGACUGAAUUGGACAUCAGCUCUCGAAUCUGGGUUGUUACACUAGAAUACCAAGAGGAUGCUCUCUCUGUAAAUGGGUCUUAGAUUGUGGGACUACCUUGGCUCCAGAAAUAGCACAGGACCUUCCCUGGUGCUGUGACAUCAGCCCUCCCAAAGGUGGUAGUUCAACUGACUCCUUCCACUUCCAGCCAAGAGCCUUUUUUCAUCUGCCCCAUCCUUACCCCUGGAUUUUAUCAGGGAACAGGAGCUUUCUCGCUUAUUUCCAUAGUCACUCACUGCCUGCACAGAUCAGACAAAUACUCCAUGUUUGCACUACUGUUUGAUGCUGCUCAGUCCCGUGCAUGGGAGGCUUUUACUGACAGUGCCACCAUGGAGGUGACAGUUACUCUAGCUUUGGUGUGCUGUCACCCAAGCCUACAUGGGGCAAGGAGCUUCUGGGCCAGCAGCUCCUCUCACACUCCCUUCUACAAACAUCUCCACCUGCUCUGCUCACCCCAGUGCUGAAUGCUGCAUGGGGCUCCUCUUAAUAUUUUUAAUGGUGUCUUCCUUAAAGUUGUUCUGACAUGAGUGGUGUUCCUCAAGAGUCCUUACUGGGACCAGUGCUAUUCUGGGUUUUCAUCAGUGGUGUGUAGAGUGGGAUCAAAUGGACCCUCAGCCAGGCUGAGGAGUGCAGCUGAGGAGAGGGAUGUCAUCCAGAGGGACCUUCAGGCCAACAGGAACCUCAUGAAGUUUGAUAAGGUCAAGUGAAAGGUCCUGUACUUUUGUUAGGGCAAACCCUGGAGAAGAGACAGCUCUGGGGAGCCUUGUUGUGUCAUGUCCAUGGCUAAAGGGGGAUUGUAAGAAAGAUGGAGGGGCCUUUUCACCAAACCCCGUAAGGACAAGGGGCAACAGGUACAACCAGAGGGUGAGCUUAGGUAGGACGUGAAGGAGGGUUUUGUGGUGAGGCCCUGGCACAGGUUGCCCAGAGCAGCUGUGACUGUCACCUCCCUGGACCAAGUUGGACAGGGCUCUGAGCAUCUUGGUUUGGUGGAAGUGUCUCUGGAAAUGCAUCACAUCUUGGGUCAGACACUCUCUGUGUGACACCUGGGGCCCCACCCAAAGGACUCUGUGCCGUGGCACCUCUCAGAACUGACUGUGCAGGGGCAGAUUAGUGCCCAGUGCCUCUAGUUCAGUAUUGGCCAUGUGCACCUUGCACAAGUGUUCACUAAGCACGCCAAGCUGCUGCCUUGGCUGCUGACCUCUGUGCCUUGAAGGUCGGAACUUGGCUUGCCAAGCAGACACCAGUCAUCAGCCUUGGGGUAGGAGUCUUCCACUCCUGGAUAGUGUGUGAGUGCUGCCAUAUCCCACAGGAGGAGCUUCUAUAUGUGGUAUGGAGUCCUGAGUUAUUCCAGGGCUGCUAUUUUUAGUACCAAGGAGUCAUUUGCAAGGGCACGCACAACCUUCUGUUUCCAUAGGGACAGGUGGAGAUAGCUGUGGUGACUGACACAGGAGAAUAAAGAAUGUAAAAUUAACAA